AUGUCCAAUGUCUCCUUCGGCGGUACCAAUGGCACAGCCUACGUGACGUACAUCUUUCAGGUGCUGAAAGCCAAAUCCUUCUAUAACCUGACGUCGCUGUACGAUCAAGCCGGUUUCCAAAUCCUCGUUACGCUAUCCACACAACUACUGGGCUACGGCUGUGCCGGCGUGGUACGCCGAUUCCUAGUGUACCCACCGUCCAUGAUCUACCCGAAAUGCCUCUCAACCAUCGCUCUGAACAAAGCCCUACACAGUGAUGAAGGUCGCGAGCGGGUCCACGGCUGGAAGAUCAGCCGAUACCGCUUUUUCAUGUACUGCUUCAUAGGCAUGUUCUUCUACUACUGGUUCCCGGGGUAUAUCUUUCAAGCCUUGUCGUACUUCAACUGGAUCAACUGGAUCGCCCCGGAUAACGUCAAGCUAGCCAUCAUUUGUGGGACUAUCACCGGGCUUGGCCUCAACCCCUUACCCACUUUCGAUUGGAACAUCAUCUACGCACUCUACGACCCGAUCAUCUAUCCCUUCUACGCAUUGGCCAACAUUGGUAUCGGCACUAUCCUGGGAGCCUUCUGCGUCAUUGCCCCCGUCUACUUCAGCAACGUGUGGAAGACCGCUUAUUUCCCCAUCAUCAGCAACGAUGUUUUCGACGACACGGGCAACACGUACAAUGUCACCCGAGUGCUGAACAGUAAGGGCGAAUUCGACCUAGAAGGCUAUGAAGGUUACAGUCAACCGUAUCUGACGGCCGGGUACUCCGUCAUGUUCUUUUUCUUCUUCGCCAUGUACUUGGCAACUAUCGUGCACGUCGCACUCUACAACCGGCGCGAGAUCAUGAAGGGAUUUCGCGCCCUAUGGAAAUGGGCCAGUGCGCGAGAGGAGCACGAGGACGUCCACAAUCGCUUGAUGAAGCAAUACAAGGAGGUCCCGGAGUGGUGGUACCUGGUUGUGCUGGCUGUCGCGUUCGUGUUCGGCUGCAUUGGCGUCGCCAAGUACGACACCGGCAUGCCCAUCUGGGGUAUCGUCUUCGCCAUCAUCCUCUGCCUCGUGCUGCAGAUUCCAUACGGCAUGGUCUACGCCAUCACUAACUCUGAGGUAACGAACAACGUUAUUGCCGAGUUCAUUGGAGGAUACGCCAUCACCGGCAAACCCGUCGCCAACCUCCUCUUCAAGGCAUUCGGAUAUAUCGCCUGUGCCCAGUCCAUCCAGUUCGUGGCUGAUCUAAAGCUGGGCCAUUAUAUGAAGAUUGCCCCGCGAGUGAUGUUCGCAGCCCAGCUGGUAGCCACUAUCGUCGGUGCAUUUGUCUCCCUUGGAGUAAAUGUCUGGGCCCUGGCCAAUAUCGAGGACGUGUGUUCCACCACCCAGCCGGACAAGUUUACCUGCGCCGGCGCUCGAGACUUCUAUACCUCCUCUGUAAUCUGGGGCGCCAUCGGCCCACGCCGCCUCUUCGGCUCAGGACAGAUCUAUAACCCACUGCUAUACGGCUUUCUCGUUGGCGCCCUCCUUCCCAUCCCUUUCUACUUCAUCACCAAAUGGCGCCCCCGCUCCAUUCUCCGAUACGUUUAUAUUCCGCUGGUAUUCUACGGGAUCUGCGAUAUCUCACCGUACAAUGUCACGUACGCGUGGUGUCCGAUGGUGGUGGGCUUCAUCUUCAACUAUUGGAUCAAGAGACGGUGGCAGGCGUGGUGGGAGAAGUAUGCGUAUGUUUUCACGACCGCUAUGUCGUGUGGAGUGGCUAUCUCUGCCAUUAUUAUCUUCUUUGCUGUCGAGUAUAAGGAGGUUAAUUUGAAUUGGUGGGGGAAUGAGGUCUCGUAUGCUGGGUGUGAUAAUGAUGGGUGUACGUUGUUGGCGAUUCCGGAGGGAGGGAAGAUCUGA